GGCUAUAAAAUGGAAAUCAUGCUGACUUUGCUAACUCUGUGGUGGUGCUUCUCAACGGCAGUGGCAGACUCGAAAGCUGUGACCAUGUCUCUUACAACUAAGUGGUCAUCUACUCCUUUGUUACUGGAAGCCAGUGAAUUCUUGGCAGAAGAGGGAGAAGAGAAGUUCUGGCAUUUUGUGGAAGAUAAUCAGUUGAUUCGACAUCAAGAUCAUGGAGGUGAUGAUUUCUCCUAUUAUCAUCUCAUAAUGAAAAGAGCCAGUCAAUAUCUGUCUGAUCUGCAGCAGAACCUUCUGAAGUUUGCACUGUCGUUACGUACUUACUCAUCUACAGUACAGACAUUUCAACAGAUUGCUGCUAGUGAACCACCACCAGAGGGCUGCAAGGCUUUCUACACUGUGCAUGGAAAGAAGAGCUGUAGCUCUGGAAGUCUUGAAAAUCUUCUUAAAACAGCAGCAGAAAGGUCCAACCCUUAUUUAUUUAAAGGGGAUCACAGGUACCCUGUAUUGAACAAGGACACCCCCACUGUGAUUCUGUAUGCAGAAAUGGGCACAGAGGAGUUUGCUCAUUUUCAUCAGCUGUUCUCUUCUAAAGCAAAUAAUGGACUUAUCAGUUAUGUUUUCCGACACUACAUUUCUAAUCCCAGUAAAAACAAAGUGUACCUUUCAGGCUACGGUGUUGAACUUGCCAUCAAAAGCACAGAAUAUAAAGCAAAGGAUGAUACACAAGUGAAAAGUACUGAUACCAACACAACAGUAUUAGAUGAGAAAGACUCUGUGGAUGAAGUACAAGGAUUUCUUUUUGGAAAGUUGAGAAAUUCAUACCCACAACUGCAGGAGCAGUUGAAAGAACUGAGGAAACAUCUUGUGGAGAGCACAAAUGAAAUGGCACCACUGAAAGUGUGGCAGUUACAAGAUCUGAGUUUCCAGACAGCAGCUCGUAUUCUAGCUGCACCUACAGCAGAUGCCUUAAUGGUGAUGAAAGAUCUCAGCCAAAAUUUUCCUACCAAAGCUAGGUCUUUAACUAGAACUGUGGUAAACUAUGCCUUAAAGCUUGAAAUAGAAGAAAAUCAAAAGUAUUUCAAGGGGACUUUAGGACUGCAGCCUGGUGACUCUGCCCUUUUUAUUAAUGGGUUACAUAUUGACCUAGAUGUGCAAGAUAUCUUCAGUGUGCUAGAUGUUUUGAGGAAUGAAGCACGUAUUAUGGAUGGGUUGCAUCGCUUAGGAAUUGAAGGGGCUCAUCUUCACAACAUUCUGAAGUUAAAUGUACAGCCUUCAGAAACAGAGUACGCUGUGGAUAUCAGGAGUUCAGCCAUAAGGGUCCUCAUAUUUGACCCAGCUGACAAAAGCACUGCAGACCUGUUGACUACGGCUGAAAUGUUUUAUAAUAAUCAAAUUCCACUUAGGAUUGGCUUGGUAUUUGUGGUGAAUGACUCGGAAGAUGCUGAUGGUUUAAAAGAUCCAGGUGUGGCUCUUUUCCGGGCAUUUAAUUAUGUUUCUCAAGACGUGGACAGCCAGUAUGCCUUCCAGACAUUACUGUUGAUAUAUAACGAGGUGACAGGAGAUGAGACACUAAAAGUCAAACAUGUAAUUAGUGUUUUGGAAAAGAAAUAUCCGUAUGUGGAUGUGAGUAGUAUCCUGGGACCUGAUUCUGCUUAUGACAAGAAUAGGAAGGAAGGGAAAGAUUACUGUUUACAGACUGGUUUAGGCCAUGUACCCAUUGUUCUGUUUAAUGGAAUACCUUACCAGAAGGAUCAGCUGGACCCUGAUGAACUUGAGACGGUAACAAUGCACAAGAUCUUGGAUAGUACAGCCUUCUUCCAGAAAGCAGUCUAUAUGGGAGAUUUGAAUAAUGAUCAGGAUGUUGUUGACUUUGUCAUGAACCAGCCAAAUGUUAUCCCCCGCCUCAACUCCAGGAUUUUGAGUUCAGAGCGACGAUACUUGGAAAUGGCAUUGACAAGCAACAAAUUUAUAGACGAUUAUGCAAGAUUUAUUUUCUUGGACACCAGAGAGAAAGCUGUUGCAGUGUCCAACAGUAUGAAUUAUUUGACUAAAAAAGAUGAAUCCUUUGUCAGACCAGUGACAUUCUGGAUCGUGGGAGAUUUUGAUAAACCGUCUGGAAGGCAACUGUUGUAUAAUGCUGUCAAGCAUCUUAAAACCAGUAACAAUGUUAGAAUUGGUAUGAUUAAUAAUCCAAGUGAAGACCCAUCCAAAGAAAAUACACAUAUAGCUAGAGCGAUCUGGGCAGCUUUACAGACCCAAAACUCCAACAAUGCUAAGAACUUUAUCACCAAAUUGGCCAAGGAAGAGACAGCACAGGCUUUAGAAACUGGAGCUGAUAUAGAGGAGUUUGCUGUUGGCGGAAUGGAUGUAGACAAUUUCAAAGACAUGUUUGAGUCUUCCAAAGCUGAUUUUGUCCUCUCUCAUGCCCUAUUCUGCAAAGAAGUUCUCAAACUGAAGAAAGGACAGAGAGCAGUCAUCAGUAAUGGACAAAUCGUUGGACCACUAGAAGACACAGAAAUCUUUAAUCAGGGAGAUUUUCACUUAUUAGAGGAAAUUGCAAUGAGAACAUCAGCAAUGAAGAUCAAAGAAAAGAUCCAGCAGCUAGGAGUUGAAGAAGACCAUGCCAGUGACCUUGUAAUGAAAGUAGAUGCCCUUCUGUCUGCACAGCCUAAAGGAGAGUCUCGAACAGAGUACCAGUUCCUUGAAGACAGACAUAGUGCCAUUAAACUAAGACCAAAAGAAGGCCAAGCAUAUUUCGAUGUGGUGGCCAUUGUUGACCCAGUUACUCGAGAUGCUCAAAGACUUGCUCCAUUUCUUUUGGUUCUGAAUCAGCUAAUAAACAUGAACUUAAGGGUCUUUAUGAACUGCCAACCAAAACUAUCAGAAAUGCCACUGAAAAGUUUCUAUCGCUAUGUGUUGGAGCCUGAGAUCGCUUUCUUGGUGGAUAAUAGGUUCGCUCCUGGUCCGCUAGCAAAGUUCAUGGAUAUGCCGCAGUCACCAUUGUUUACGCUGAAUGUGAUCACCCCUGAGAGCUGGAUGAUCGAAUCUGUUAAUACAGCAUAUGACCUUGACAACAUUUACCUUGAAGAGGUGGAGAGUGUAGUAGCCGGAGAGUAUGAACUAGAAUAUUUGAUACUUGAAGGGCAUUGUUAUGAUGUCACAACAGGACAGCCUCCUCGAGGACUACAGUUUACCCUUGGGACAACAAUGAACCCUGUUAUUGUAGAUACUAUAGUAAUGGCAAAUCUGGGCUACUUCCAGCUGAAAGCCAACCCUGGUGCAUGGGUACUCAGACUCCGGAAAGGAAGAUCAGAAGAUAUUUAUAGAAUUUAUGGCCACGAUGGUACAGAUUCUCCUCCUGACUCUGACGAAGUAAUAGUGGUCCUCAACAGCUUUAAAACUAAAAUUAUUAAAGUGAAGGUUCAGAAAAAGCCUGGCAAAUUAAAUGAAGAGCUCCUCAGUGAUGAAAAUGGUGAACCUGACUCUGGUUUCUGGGAAUCCAUUAGACGAGGAUUCACAGGGACGCCAGCAACUGAAGACAUAAAAGCUGAUAAGGAAGAUGUGAUAAAUAUUUUUUCAGUGGCAUCGGGACAUUUGUAUGAACGAUUUCUCAGAAUUAUGAUGCUUUCAGUGUUGAAACAAACACAAACACCCGUGAAGUUCUGGUUUCUGAAGAACUACCUCUCGCCUACAUUUAAGGAAUUUAUUCCAUACAUGGCUGAGAAGUAUGGGUUCCAGUAUGAGCUGGUUCAGUAUAAAUGGCCACGUUGGUUACACCAGCAGACAGAAAAACAGCGCAUCAUCUGGGGUUACAAGAUACUUUUCUUGGAUGUACUGUUUCCAUUGGCAGUUGACAGAAUCCUCUUUGUAGAUGCAGAUCAGAUUGUUCGCACUGAUCUUAAAGAGCUACGAGAUUUUGACCUAGAGGGAGCACCUUAUGGAUACACUCCAUUUUGUGAUAGUCGCCGCGAGAUGGAUGGUUACCGAUUUUGGAAGUCAGGCUACUGGGCUAGUCAUCUCGGUGGAAGAAAAUAUCACAUCAGUGCAUUAUAUGUUGUGGACCUGAAGAAGUUCAGAAAGAUUGCUGCCGGAGACAGACUUAGAGGGCAGUAUCAAGGUCUCAGUCAAGACCCCAACAGCCUUUCAAACCUUGACCAGGAUUUGCCCAACAAUAUGAUUCAUCAGGUACCCAUAAAAUCAUUACCCCAGGAAUGGCUUUGGUGCGAAACAUGGUGUGAUGAGGCAUCUAAAAAGAAGGCCAAAACUAUAGAUCUGUGUAAUAAUCCAAUGACCAAGGAGCCUAAACUAAAAGCAGCAGUACGAAUUGUCCAGGAAUGGCAAGAUUAUGAUCAAGAAAUUAAGCAGUUGUAUAACAAGUUUAUGGAAGAAAAGGAAAAUGGGAGCAUCCACAUAGGUCAUACGAUAACCUCACAAGGUAGAACAGAUCACACCUCACAUAUUGAAUUGUGACCACUGGAAGAGGAAUAUUAUCUCGGACUCUGUUUCAAGAGUUUACCUUUUUUAAGAUGUCCGUUUUUUUCUGAAUGUAAGCCAUGUACAACUGGCUGAAAUCUAAUGCAGCAUUCUGCAUUUUAAAACUGUUUUCUAUAAUGACUGGGUGAUUUUCAAAAGGGAUUCAUUAUUAGAUGGAUUUUUUCAAUGCUUGCACUUCAAAGAAAAAGAAAUUUUGAAUCUGAAAUGAAUAUGAUGCCUACAAUAUUGGUUCUAGAGAUGAUUUCAUUUUGUGACACCUUAUGUACUUUAGGUCAGUAUUUACUGAGCCUUUUGAUAUCAACUGUUAAAAAACAGGGACAGAUAGUUUAUUUUUGAGUGGCUGUAAAAUAGAAAUAAACAGUAUGAAAGCA